AUGACUACAAAACGCAAUGUGCAAUUGAGGUUGGACGAGUGGAGAAACUUGUGUAAUCACGAACUUCUUAAUUUGACACCACAGGCGAUUGCUAAACUGACCGAAACAUACACGUCAACUAACGAAUCGGAUGUCACUAUGUUAACUAGGUGGAUGAAACGAUUUUCUCUUAGUGGAGAAGGCAAGAAGGAGAAUUCCAUUGCCAGUGAGAAGGCGAGAGAACCUAAAGGCUUGGUUUUGCGCACGUACCAAAACGGGGGGUUCUAUAUCGAUGGGAGCGGUUCAGUUGCAUUACAACAUAUUGAACACAGUAUACAUACCUCUCUUUGGAAGAAAUACGGUAAGGGAAUUGUACACUGUUCUGGUUGCAAUCCCAGUGGAACAAAAAAACAUCUUGAAUGGUUUUACCUUCCAAUAAAUGAUCUUCCAUAUAUUUUCCAAAAUAUAGAUAACUUCUGUCUCAAGAAAAAUGGGGGAUAG